AUGGAGGAGAACUCCCAAUUGGGAGACAGCUCAAAAGUCGGAUUCUCUUACCCACCUCGGGACAAGGAUAAAGAAUCCAGGAAGAAAGAAGACCAAACCACUGAGAAACCUAGAAAAUACCACAACUACACCCCUCUUCGGGUGUCUCUUGUGCAUGUCUACCGAGAAAUAUGUAACACUGAGAAGAUCCCACCGCCUCGCCCGAUAAAACACAAAUGGGGAGGAAGUCGAAUAGAGCACUGCGAAUACCACCGAAUCUACGGACAUUCUACCAAUGAGUGCUUUGACCUAGAAAAUGUCAUAGAGAAAUUGGCGAGAGAAGGGCUACUAGAUCGGUUCUUAGCUAAUAAAGUGGAAGAACCGAGAAAGAGAAGAAGGGAUGAAAAGGUCGGACGAGUUGAACAUCCACCUCACACCUCUGAGAGACAUAUUCAUAUGAUAAAUGGAAGAUUCGCAGGGGGAGGGAUCUCUAAAUUAUCUCGCAAAAGACCCCUUAAAGAGGUAUAUCAUGUCGGAGAGGGGGACAGGUCACCCGACCUCCCCACUAUUACCUUUACACAAGAAGACGCAAUAGGCAUCAUCCCGGGGCAUGAUGAUCCCGUGGUCAUUACCGUCAUACUCGCCAACGCUAAUCUCCACCGAACGUUGGUAGACCAAGGGAGCUCUGCAGAUAUCUUGUUUAAAUCUGCCUUUGACAAACUCGGUCUGCAGGAUAAAGAGCUCAGAGCGUAUCCGAAUAGCUUGUUCGGACUCAGAAACACCCCAAUUCAACCAUUAGGAUACAUCUCACUGCAUACAACCUUUGGAAAAGGAACUCGGUCAAGGAUACUAAACAUAGACUACAUCGUAGUCAACGUGAGCUCAGCUUAUAACGCCCUUAUAGGUCGGACAACGCUGAACCAUCUCGCCGUAGUAGUCUCCACUCUACAUCUGUGCAUGAAGUUUCCAACUCCAGAAGGGAUCGCCACGAUAAAAGGAGACUGA